AUGCAUGGAAAUGUGGAUCAAUCUAUUGUGAUGGAAAGUUGUCUGGAUAGAAAGAUAUUGACUACUAUAAAUUUGAAUGUGGAAGAUGAUUUGAGGAAGGUGGUGGAGCUGGACCAUUGGAGAAGUGAAGAGAAGAAGCGAUUUGAGGUUUUGGUCAAUUUUUAUGGGACGGUUGGGAGUGAAGAAGAGAUGAAUGUAGUUAUAGAGGCAUUCUCCCGCUACCUCUUCCUCCAAGACAUCACUGUAAUUGCCGACUCCCUGGAGCCAUCCAAAAUCUGCGAACUCCUUAAAAUCCCAUUUCUCUGGGAUGACACCAGACGUAUCAAACAUCAAAUCCUCCUAGCAGCCGACGAGAAAAUUGAAAUCCGACUAACCGAAGGUGUUGAUGAUCUUGAGUUCUAUAGAAAAAGUGUGCACCCGCAUAUCGUCACUACCUUUGGUAAUGGCUUCCAACACAAGAUUUCGAGGGUUCAGGGAGACAGGUCCAACUGGAUGAGAGUUUUUACGAAUACCACGAUUCUGGAGGUUAUAUUGGAUUAUGCGCAAUGUUUUGGGAUAAACAACCUCCGCCGGACAUGUCAUCCCAUUCAGGACACCAUUGACUACCUCAAACCGAGCCCCAUGAUCGACUCCUUAUACAUUGGACUACCGGAAUCGAACAAGUUGACCUGUCUGAUCGAACUCGGGAAUGGCAUUGAAAGAUCUGUGCACUAUGAUCAACAAGAGCAUACAUGUGUGGUUUUCAUGAGAGUGAAUCAGAUGGAGUUCCCUGGCGAGAGUUAUCAGAAUCUGUUUUUGAAACAUUUGAAGGAGAAUUUGAAGUUCCAGAGGGCACCUAUGAAAGAGAUACAUUUCGAUUACUUUUAUAUGGUUGAAGCUGCGGAUUUUUCGAAAUUUCUAAAACUAGUCCAAGAGUAUCUGAAGACUCGGAACCAAGCAAUUAGAGUCAAAAAGUUUAUUAUGACAACUUCAACGCAAGACGACUUGGUAUCAGUAAUUCCUUAUCUCUGCUCACGGUCCCUGAAGACGAUAGAAGUAAAGAGUCGAUAUGAAGAGAAGCUGGAAUCCGGAGUGGAUAAGUUGGUGGCAUUGGAUCAAUGGAGACAAGCAGAGGAGUUGCUAAUGAGAGAAGAUACGAUAACAACACCAUUAGGAAAAAUAGGAUUGGAGGGUUUUCAGAAAGCGGAUGUUUUGUUGAGCACGAUUUCUUCGAGGGAUGUUUUUGAGCUGAAAACGAAACUUCUCACCUCCUCAACCUUCCAAAAACUCAAAAUUUCCUUCAACAGCUCCACCAUCGACGGCUUGAUCUACAACCUACUCGGAAUUCCCUAUGCAUACUAUUUCGAGUACCAACAGGAGGAAAAGAACGAGAAAAAUACUAAGAUUAUAUGCAAGAGAAAUGGAAAAACGGAGAGUGAGUUGGAAGUGAAGGACAAAGGUUUUAUGGAGAUAUUCUAUGAAGAUUUAAAAGUAAUUCUAACUGAGAACAACCUACUUUUAAACUUCUUCACAAUAAAUGUUGAGCUGGAACAGGAGUAUCGUAAGUACUGGAGUACCUGUGGUGUGUCUCAGAACCUUUGUGACUGGAUCCGGAGUGUCAUUAAUUUCAAAAAAAAUCAAGUUGAGAAUUUGAAGUUCAACGGAAAUGUGGAUCAAGCGAUAUCAAUUUUGAGCUGCUUCCAAAAUGUCAAAACAAUAAAAUUGGAUUUGAGGAAAAAAGAUGUUCAGCUGAAGAUGCUAUUGGAUUCAGAUGUUUGGAAUAAUUUCAACGAGUUUAUGCUGGAUUUUGUACUGGAAGAAGUGACUGAGGACAAUUUGAGUGAUGUGAAAGAGGCAUUCUACCAUUCCCCUGCAUUCACCAACAUCUCUAUCACAACCGCUGUUCUUGACAAGACACCAAUAUACAAGAUAUUUGGAACAUCAUUUGCCGUGGACCCAAUCCUUCUUAGCCUGACAACUCAAAUACCCAUUUCUCCUGACGGCGAAGAACAAUUGCAUAUUUCUGUGUCCAGAAUGUUCCAAAUGAUCCAUUUCUCAAGAGUCAAAAAUGGAGUGAAAGAUUUGCUUUAUGUACCAGGUUUACCGAAAAAUGAACCUGAAUUUUUGAUGGUGCCUGACAGCGGAAAAGAUUGGUUAAAGGUAUUUGCAAACCCAUUAAUUUUGGAAGUAAUAUUGAAAUACGCGAAUCUUUUCGGGAAACACCUUCUUCGAAAACUCUGUAACCCAAUUCGACUAUGCGUGGAACUUGUCAAACCUGACCCUCAAAUAAAAUCGAUAUUCAUUUCUCUGGAAGACUCUACGACCAUUGAUGUCAAGGUUACGCUGAAAAAUCUACACGUGAAGCUGAUCAGAUAUGAACAGGAAGGAGAUGGAUGUGCUAUAAGUGUGUAUCGGAUUAACCCACAACGGAUUGCUGGCGUAGAUCAUAAGAACAUGUUUUUGAAUAACUUGGUAGACAACUUGAAGGGUCAGAAGAAUAAUCUGGAAGAGUUCCGAUUGGAUUUUGAAGAUUCUGAUGGUUCAGACUUCCUGGAGGUUUUUGGAUACACUGUCCAAAAUGCCUCUAUCAAAACUGAAAAGCUCAUCACAACUGUUCAAAACCAAGGUGAUCUGUUAAAACUUCUUCCAAAACUUUCCUCUCUUAAAUCAAUCAACCUGGAAAGUUCAACGGGAAAAGCUCUCAUGCUGGAUAUCGACAAAGUUUCAAAACUGGAACAAUGGAUACAAGCGGAGGAGUUAAAAAUGGAGAAUAUAGUGGUGUUGACACCGGUUUCGGAUAUGGAAAUUGUGCAUUUUGAAAAAGCGGAUAUUGUGGUGAAUCAGAUGGGUUCAAUGGACGUUUUUGAGUUGAAAAAUAAACUCCUCACCUUCCCAACAUUCAAAAGACUCCAAAUCUCCUUCGAAAACUCGCUUAUCGACGGAACAUUCUACCAACUAAUGGGCGCCCCAUUUACAAUGACUAUUCAUAAAAGUAUUUUCUAUUACAAAAUACCAAAUAAUCCAGAUUUCGCUCUCCAUAUCCUCUAUCUUUCCACCCGCAAAUCUAUCACUUUUUCACGCGUUGAAAUCUCUGUAGUCCCUGCAAACGGUUUUGAAGAGAAUCGAGUGGAAAACUGA